AUGGCAGAAAAGACAGAAGAACGUAGAGUACGUACUGAAGCAGACAGCUUUGGUGAUAUCGAUGUACCUGAAGAUAAAUACUAUGGGGCUAACACUGCACGAUCCCUUAUUAACUUCGACAUUGGAGGACCGUCUGAACGGAUGCCCACUGCUAUCAUACGAGCCUUUGGCAUACUGAAACGAUGUGCAGCUGUGGUGAACACUGAGUUUGGCCUUCAGCAGCACAUUGCGGAUUUAAUUAUUAAAGCAUCCGAUGAGGUCAUUUCAGGCAAGCUUGAUGACCAUUUCCCAUUGGUCAUUUGGCAGACAGGAUCCGGCACUCAGACUAACAUGAAUGUAAAUGAGGUGAUCAGUAACCGAGCUAUUGAGAUCCAUGGAGGUGUGCUUGGCUCAAAGGACCCUGUUCAUCCUAACGAUCACGUAAACAUGGGACAGAGCUCAAACGAUACAUUUCCUACGGCCAUGCAUAUUUCUGUGGGUCAGGAAAUUCAUUCCAGACUUUUCCCUGCAAUUCAGAAUCUUGCAAAUAUCCUUGAGGUUAAAACCAAGGAAUUCAGUGGCAUCGUCAAAAUUGGGAGAACUCAUUUGCAGGAUGCAGUUCCACUAACUCUUGGCCAGGAGUUCAGUGGGUACCUACAGCAGGUUAAGUAUGGCAAGGAGAGGAUAGCUGCCACAUUUCCCAGGCUGUAUGAGUUGGCUUUAGGUGGCACUGCAGUGGGUACAGGCCUGAAUGCUAGAGUUGGCUUUGCAGAACAAACUGCAGCAAAAAUAGCACAGUAUACAGGUCUUCCUUUCGUCUCAGCCAGAAAUAAAUUUGAAGCUUUAGCAUCCCAUGAUGCUUUGGUAGAAGUGCACGGCGCCUUGAACGUUUUAGCAUGCAGCCUAAUGAAGAUUGCAAAUGAUAUCCGCCUUUUAGGCUCAGGUCCGCGCUGUGGAUUUGGCGAGCUGAUUUUGCCAGAAAAUGAACCAGGAAGCAGUAUUAUGCCAGGAAAAGUGAACCCAACACAGUGUGAGGCACUGACCAUGGUUGCAGCACAAGUUAUCGGAAACCAGACUGCCGUCAGCUUCGGUGGGAGCCUCGGCCAUCUUGAGCUGAACGUCUUCAAGCCUCUAAUCAUCAGCAACGUUCUUCGAUCCAUCCGCCUCCUGUCGGACGCUUGUGAAUCUUUCACACGAAACUGUGUCCAAGGGAUUGCGGCUAAUGUGGAUCGGAUCAAACAGCUGAGGGACCAGUCUCUAAUGCUAGUGACUGCUCUGAACCCCCAUAUAGGUUACGAUAAAGCGGCUGUUAUAGCCAAACUGGCACACAAGGAAGGAAUUACGCUGAAGGAGGCGGCAUUGAAACUCGAUUUUCUAACAGAGGAGGAGUUUAACAAAUGGGUGAAACCUGAGGCCAUGUUGGGACCUACAUAA